CCAAGAAAAAAUCUCGUUUCAAAAUCUUUUUCUUACAUAUAAACCCACCUCCCCCUGCUUUCCUCUCCUCUCACAGGAACUUCUUAGAAAACACGACUCUCCCCUGUCUUCUUCUCUUGGGUUCUCUCUGUUCCGAAUCUCAAAUUCACUCCGCAGAAGCUAGCACAGCACUUCACCUUCAUCAACAUCCUCAUUUUGAUUUUUCUUUAUCUUCCUUCGUCCUGCUCGCUCUCUCUCUUUCUGAGUAUUGAUUAGCAAGUGAGUUUCAGAGAUGGGUUUCUCAAGCUUUGUCACUUGUGGUAUCCGAUUCUGUUUGUACUUCAUUCGAAUUAGCUAUUAAAUUCCAGACCAGAUUCUCGAAUUCGAUCUUGUUAAAUAUUUUUAGAAUCUUUUGACUAAAUUUGGAUCUGGGUUUUUUCUUAUCUAUUUGUUUUUUUUUUCUUAUACAUUUGAUUCCUAUCUACUCUUACCUCCAUUUGCUUGGUGGCCCAUCUCGAAAUCUCCAUAAUCCAUUUGCUUAUAAAUUCUUUAGAGAGAGCGAGCAGGUUGAUUAUCUUUGCCAUAAUGGCUGCAGCUAAAGAUAACUCAUCAAAAUCCAAGAAGGUUGUCGAUGAAACUCAGAGGAUGACGAGGCAAGAUUGGGAGCUUGACAGGGGCGAAAAGGAAGCUGAUAUUAACUUCCUUGAGAGGCAGCAAUGGAAGACUAUUUUUGGUGAAGCUUCCACGGCAGAAAGACCUCUCAGAAAGAUUCAUGGCCCUCAACGACAAGACGCAAUUCAGUUCUCUGCAUCUUCAGCUCAUCAUUCUAUACCUUCUUUCUCUGUUUCUCCUAGCUCUGCCUCUGCUCUUUCUUUACAUCCACCUUCUUCUUCUACCUCGUCUUCUAGUUCUAGACUUCUAUUUCCUUUUGCUUUUGAAGGGUUUAAUCAACCUAUUCAAUUGCCCCACCAAUUUAGAACAAACCCUUCUAUGCCUUAUUUCCGUCCACCCCAUCAAUCGGCACAAAAUCAACAGCAAAUGAUUUCCUUUGCUCAAAACCAGCAGCAAGGCAUCGCCUGUCCUCCGUUUUUCGGUGGAGAAUCUGCAAUAGCACACCAACAGCAGCAGCAACAGAUGCUACAAUACUGGAAUGAUUCAUGGAGCUCAAGCCCAAGAGGAAGAAUGAUGAUGAUGAAUAGGCUGGGUCCUGACGGAAGGCCAUUGUUUAGGCCACCGGUUCAGCCCAUAAAUACAACCAAACUUUACAGGGGAGUGAGACAAAGACAUUGGGGGAAAUGGGUAGCUGAGAUUCGUCUCCCUCGUAAUAGGACUCGCCUUUGGCUGGGCACGUUUGACACAGCCGAAGAUGCCGCCUUGGCUUAUGAUCGCGAGGCUUUUAAGUUGAGAGGGGAGAAUGCAAGGCUGAAUUUCCCUGAUCUUUUUCUCAAUAAGGAUAAAGCAAUGUCCACUGCUACAACUUCCACAGUUUUGUCUUCGCCAACUGCUCAUCAAAGUUCAUCAACUAAGCAAACUCAAGAAAUCCUCGACUGGCAGGCUUCAAAUGUGGAGAGUAUGCCACCGCCACCACUGCCACCUCCGCCGCCGCCCCCAUCAAAACAGCCUCCAGGAGACAAUCCUGACAAUGAUUCAGGAAUGGAAUCCAGUGGGGCUACAGUGAAUGAUGAGGUUCAGGCGGUGGCAGAGGGGUCGCCCGUUGGAGAAGGCGUCUCAGGGUCUCAAGAAUUAGGCUGGGGUGACAUGGCAGAAGCUUGGUUCAAUGCAAUUCCAGCAGGAUGGGGACCUGGGAGUCCAGUAUGGGAUGAUUUGGACACCUCUAAUAAUCUGUUACUGCAGGCACACCUUCCUUUUGGCAAUCCAAGUCAUCAACAGUUCAGUGAUUCUUCUGACAUACAGAGACAACAGGACAACAUGGGCUCAGCUUCUUCUUCUUCCUCCUCUUCUUUUCCCCUGAAGUCAUUUUAUUGGAAGGAUCAAGACUGAUAGGUCCAUCUCCACAAGUGGUAUAUUGCAUGGUUCUCUAUGUUUUGCUACUUUCUUAUUUUUGGACCACCCACUCAGAUUCUUUCACUGGUUGCAGAUUUUUUAGGAAACCAACCUGUGACUCUUUAACCCUGCCACAUAUUCUUAGGAUCAAGCCUACUCUUUUCAGGUUGCAGAUUUUUCACAAACAACCUGUGACUUCCCUUGGAGCUCCACUCCUUCUUCCCUAUAAGGAUAUCCAAAGCUUCAAACCACCUCCUUUUCCUUCUUCCUUUCUUUUAUGACUCUCACAUUUUUUUACAACUUUUUCCCUUCAUAUUAUCCCUUCACUGCAUCUCCUCAAACAGGCUGCAUAUUUACCAAGCCUUGACAUUUUAGCUCCAUGCUUCAUAGUCAUGCAUUUACAUUUCUAGCAUCAUUCUAGGGUUUUUCCAUUUUUAGUAUUUUACUUUCAAUAGCUGUUUAUGUUGUGUUUGGGAUGUAGCAGCAACAGCAAAAGCAGCAGCAAUAUUAGUAAAAUUAGUGCAGGACCAUCAUAGUAGUAGGAGACAGUUUUGUGAUCUCCCUCUCAUUUGGUCUGUUUUCCUUUCACAAGCUUUGUUUUUCUGCUUGAAGGGUGGAACCAAAUAUAUUUGUAAUUUUUGUACAUUGGUGGAGUUUGUUAUGAUCUUUUAUCUUUGUAAUGUUAUGUCUCUCUUUUCAUUAACAGUAUCUAUAAUCAUAGAGCCUUAAUCCAAAUUCUCAA